AUGGCACAAGGAACUUCUCAGCAGCAAAGUGUUAACGAAAAAAGUUACAUCUUAGAUGCGAGGAAAAAUUUCGAAGACGAAGAUGAAGAAGAGAACUCAGGAAAAUUUACAAGUCUUCCACUGGCAAGUUUCAAUUUCAUUAAUUCUAUUAUUGGCAGCGGAGUCAUUGGAAUUCCAUAUGCAUUGCAUCUAUCAGGAUUUGGUUUAGGAAUUUUACUGCUAAUUAUUGUAGCAGUUCUGACUGAUUAUUCUCUAAUUUUAAUGGUCAGAAGUGGUCAUCUUUGUGGAGAAAUGAGCUAUCAAGGAUUAAUGAGAGCAAGUUUUGGACGGCCUGGAUUUUAUAUCUUAACUGCUCUACAAUUUAUUUACCCAUUUAUAGCAAUGAUUUCUUACAAUAUUGUUGUCGGAGACACUGUAACAAAGGUAAUAAUAAGAGUUACUGGAAUUGCUGAGAGUAAUAUAUUUGCACAAAGAGAAGUUGUAAUAUUAUUAGCAACUUUAUUGAUAACAAUACCACUGUGUCUCUAUAGAAAUGUAGCGCGACUAGCUAAAAUUUCAUUUCUCUCUCUUGUAUGUGUUGCUUUUAUUCUAUUGGCAAUUUUUAUUCGAAUGGGUACCAUGUCAUCUCUCGUACCGGAUAGAACAGACAGCUGGGAAUUUGCAAAUUUAAGAGGAAUAUUACCAUCAAUUGGAAUAAUGGCAUUUGCAUUUAUGUGUCAUCAUAAUACAUUCCUUAUUUACGAAUCAAUAGAACGAGCUACCCAACAGAAGUGGGACGUCGUCACACACUGGUCUUUAUUUACAUCUUUUAUCAUUGCUUCAGCGUUUGGAAUUGCGGGAUAUGUCACAUUUACGAGCUAUGUUCAAGGAGAUCUUAUGGAAAAUUAUUGUUGGAAUGAUGACCUUAUGAACUUAUCACGAGUUAUGUUUAGCGGAACAAUUUUACUCACAUUUCCUAUAGAAUGCUUCGUAACUCGUGAAGUCAUCUUGACGGCUAUAAAGGGCACUACUGAAACAGAGAAUCAUGAUGUAUACAUUGCUGGCUCAGAUCGACGUUACCUUAUAAUAACAAUGGGAAUAGUAACUUUAGCUUAUUUAAUAUCAAUGUCUGAAGAUUGUCUUGGAGUUGUACUUGAACUCAACGGAAUUCUUGCAGCAGUACCAUUAGCUUAUAUACUACCGGCCUUGUGUUACUUAAGACUUGAAGAAGGCCCACUACUGUCUUCUAAAAAAAUACCUGCUAUUGGAUUACUUAUAGCAGGUACUUUUACUGCUAUUGCAGGUUUAUACCUUCUAAUUUUCCACAACAAUUCAGCUGAUUCCUGUAAACAUGGUCAAAUAAUGCCAUAUUGUCUUACUAAUACGACUACUACAAAUGUUUCGACUACUAUGAUUAAUAUAUUAGAAACGUCUUCCGUAGCACCAAAUUUAACAACAAUAAUGACGAAUUUAGUAACGUUAUCCUAA